UGGGAGGUGCAUCCCGCCGCUAGGGACGGCCGCCCCCCCGGGGCCCCGGCACGCGCCCCCGCCUCAGGGAGCCGCGGCCGUUAUCUGACCGCUGCAGGGCCUGCGGCUGCCUCCGGAGCGGGUCUCAGUCCGCCCGCCCUCCGCAGGGAAAGGGAGGCUUCCCGGAGCCGGUCGUGGCCUUUACCAUAAACACUAGUUAGUGGGGCGUGCGGAAAAGGUAGAGUGGUGGCCCGCCCGGGGCACGCUUGUCCGUGACCCUACGCGUGGAAACUCCGCUGCCUGGGAGGCUCCGGCCUAGCCCGGCAUGCCCCCUGGGGCUGGCACCCUCGGGCCCAGCUCUGAGAGGACGAGUUCCCUCCGUCCCUGAGUCUUGAGUCCGGUGUUUUUUAAACACUGGGAAAUGAAGAGUUCUGCAAUGUGUUACCAGUCAACUCUGCAAAACUCCAAGUAAUAUUUUGAAGCAAUCCUGGAAACAGAUUUUCAAAAUAGAUGUGCAUGAAAACCUGAAGGUGGGAAAGAUAUAGCCAUCAUCCCUGAGUGCUGGUUCCCAGGGGAAGGAACCUGUCCCAAAUUGAAGAUGUCAGAAGCAUUCUGCCUGUACAUGCUUUGCUGGUUCAGGAACUGGAUGUUUAAGGGCAUCGUAUUAAAAACUUCAUGUCCACUGUCUAGAACUCUUUAUUCUCCAAUCAAAAUUUCAGGACUGGAGAAGGACAGACUUCUGUCUAAGGGUGGACUCUGAGUGUGGUGGCAAUACAAAAGGACAACACCUACGAUGCCCGAUGAGUAGAUCUUUGCUGAAGAUCAGUCUCAAGAACAGCACUGGACUAGAACGGCAUGUCUGGAAAUAGAUGUGUUGAUGGAGCACUAUGGGAGAAUCCCACAAUUAUUAUAUGCCUGGAUUCCUGUGAGAAAUGAAACACUCAACUAGUGGUAUUUUCAAUAAGAGAGUAAUGGUCAUUGGCUCACUACUGAACUGUGGAAGAGGUUGUGGACACUACAAAGUACAAACUCAGCACAGACGAUGAGAAUAUCGAAAACAUUAUUGAAAUGUUUAAACCUGUGUAAAGUAAAAGCAGAAAUGUGAAAAAGAAAUACCUUACUGCUUCAACACUUGCAGAAUUUCUAGACACGUAAAAAGUACUCACACAGAGCCAAGGCCUUUUCUGCUUCUCACACUGCCCCACCCGUGAGUAGCUGGGGGUGCACAAGAAGCUGGGAGGGGACACAGCCGCGACAGCUGACCCCAACUGACCAAAGGGAUAUUCCAUACCAUCUGAUGUCAUGCUCAGCUUAUAAGGGGCUUGAGGAAGAGAAAGGAUGGCAGAGGGCAGCGGCAUUUGGAGUGAUGGCGUUUGUCUUCCCAAGUAACUGUCCUGCAUGAUGGAGCCCUGCUGUCCUGGAGAUGGCUGAACACCUGCCUGCCGAUGGGAAGCAGGUGUACAGGCCAUCACCAUGUUUCCAAGAAGGAGCUGCUGCUAUGUAUAUAGAGAACAGCAGGCGUCCGAAAGAGGGAGGAAGAGGAGCGAGUGAGUUGCCAUUUGCAAAUCAGAGGGUUUGCUAUUAAGCAUUUAUCUCUGCUUCAGAUAGACUGGAAGGCAAACCUCAGACAUGUCUCUGUUAUCCUUCACUUAGUCUCUGAUAGCUACAAGUGAAAAGUGGCACGUAGAGAAGCAAGGCUAACUAACCAACUCUUAUGAACUAGUCCUUACUUCUUUUUCUGCUUCUGUAGCAACAAGCUGUCUUUGUUCUCCUUGGAUUUCUUACCAGAUCUUCCCUAAUGUCUUUGAAACUCUACCUAGACAAGUAUUACUGCUGUCUUCAGCACAAUUACCAUCCAGGAAUUAUUAGAGAGGUGAUGGGUUAUGAAGCUGGCUCUGCCCCAGGAGCAGCCCACAGCUGAGCAGUGAUCCCCAGCUCCCUCCUGGCUUCUGAGCACGGGAUGAGUCAGGGCCUUUCUGGCCCAUCUCUCUCCUGAAUAGCCAUCCUCAGCCAAGUGCUGCCAAAAUCCCAAGAGCCGGAGCUAACCAGAGCCCCAUGUGGGGUCGGCCUCUGCAAAGGCAUGGCCAGGCUGUGCUAACAGUGGGCAAGUGAGGUCAGCCCUCCUGCCAUGGGAAGUCUGGAGUUUUUAGCCAUAGGGACUGCUGCUCCCACAAAGUGCCCAGGACUGGGGAACCCACAGGCUACUGGGGCUUAAGCAGAGGUUGGUAAAUUGAAGAGCAUCUUCUGUGAGCAGCACUGUGAACAACCAGCUGGGGAUGGGAUCCCUGCUGUUACACGGGGAGAAUGGCUUGACAUUUGUUAUGUAUCCACCCAGGCUUCCGCUCACAGUUCCAGCUGGCCACAUUAAGCACUUCCAAGGAACUUCCCGGUUUCCUGUAGGUAUUGUUUGUAUCCCACUAACCGCAGCCUAGCUGUCUGCUCCACCCAUGCACAAAAGGGUCUCUGCCUCUGCUCCCUGCAAGAGAGAAUUUCCAGGGCUACUUGUUAAUGGGCUGUCAUUUUAUGAUAAGAGAGAGAAUUUGGCCAGAUGAAGAAUCAAACCUUCCAAAAGUCUGUCUAGAAUUAAAGCUAUUAUGUUUGAGUGUGCCACUUUCUCUUGGAAAAGAAUUUCUAUUAGCUAAACUAGAUUAUACAAAUUAAGCUACCUUAAUCUCGAAAGUACAAUGUGCUUUCAGUUGUUUCUACCCUUUUGCUUGGAACUUCACUCCUUAAUGUGUCCUCUUGCUCUGUCUUCCAAGCAAAUGGAUUUAAGGACUGCUUAGUAAAUGAGAAAUAAAUUAAAGCUAUUUUUGCCUCCUUUGAAGAUCUAAAAAGUCCACUGCAAACAGCUGAGAUGUCUGACUGAGCUGGAAGUGACUAACAUGGAAAUGAGGAGCAGCACCAGUACAGUUGGGUUUAUGGUGAGCAAUUAGCACUGGGAACUCUGAUCCAGGCAGGUCAAUACAUGUAAUAAGGAAGGUUCUGCAUGACUGUAGCUGCUAUAACCUGCGUCUGGGGUAAGAUGUUUCCAAACGUCCUUGGCCAAAACCUCAGAAGACUAACAGUGGCCCCGCUGCCCCCGUGCACUGUAGACUUUCCUGUCUACGUGCUUGAGAAGCUGGCACGCCACAACACGGAGUGGGAGAUACUGAGAAACAGGCUGAGGAAGUAACAAAACCCACCAUACCUAUGGAAAGAAAUGUUGUCAUCUCCAUCUCUGCCAGAUAUCUAUUUCUGUGUAAGGCAGUGAGUGUCUAAGGCUUGCUGGGAGAAAGAAAUUCUGGUCAGUAUUACACCAUGUGAUGCAUAACAGGAUGGGGAAGGAACAGUGUAUAAACAGGGUCGCAGCAAAUCUGCUGCUUUUGUGAAACUCGUGUGAUAGCAGGCUAUUGCCAAAAUUAAACAAUGAACAAAGAAAGGCAUUAGAAUCUUGAAUUUCUGAGACAAAAAUUAAAAGUUCAGUUAUACCCUUAGAGCAAAUAAAGUCAUGAGCCGUGACAAACACACAGCAGAGUUCCCGUGGUAUCUAAAGAAGCCUCUCUACAGCACACCUCUUUUAGUUAAGGCUUGUAAUUAUGUCAUCGUGGAACUGUGUGUCAUAUUUCCUUUAAUUAUUUUCCACUCUGGAUUGUGCCACAGUCAUUAAAAUGUAGUUUUGAUGAAAAUGUAGUUUUGAUGGAAACUUGUAAUUCAUCCUUUGUUUAUGAGGUACAGAGUGCAAUGCUAAUUAUCAUGCUAAUUAGCCAGCACCGAUGGAGAUUGGUUGCUUUAUUAUAUAAGCAAUCACCACAUUUUUAGAUAAUUGCAACAAUUUAUUGCUUUCUUUUAAAAAUAAGUCAAUCAUAUAGCAAGUUCUGGGAAGCUAAAAUUCAGAAUUCUUUCUGAGCUGACUAUGAGAUACCAAAGCUGGAGCUCAUAAACUGCAGUGCUGGAGCAAAGGUCUGACAGAGAUGGUUAAUUCAUAAUUCAAGGCUAUGGGUCCUAUGGAGAGCAAAACAUUUGGCCUUUUGCACGUGCAAAGACAAACUCUCCCUUGUAAUUCAGGUACAAACAGGCACUCACUCUAGAAUGGCUAAUGGAGUGAUUUCAUCUCUACUAGAAUUAAAAAGGUUGAAAUUUAGCCUUUGAUUUUUAUUACCAUGCACACAUGGCCAGAUAAUAUUCUCCAAAGAAUGUAUAAAGGGAAGAACUGUUCUGACUUCUGAAAUGCCAUUGCCAGCAAAAGAAGAAAAUACAAACACACUAGCAUGUUUACAAAUGACACCAAAGGAUAUCUUUUAUAUUGAUUUUAAUUAUUUCUCCCAAUACCAAGGUUAUUUUUAAAAUCUAAGUUGCUAACACUGACAUUUACUUAGCAUAUUAAAAAGUAACAUUUCUAUCAGUAUGAUUUUUUCUAAACAAAACUUAUGUGCAAAUUAUAAAUAUGAUCAUGUGUGUCUAUGUACAUAUCUAGAUGUACACAUGUAUCUGUCCAUAUGAUCAUAUUUAUAUCACCUGAUCAUUGUUUUGCACACUUCAUGAUCUGAAAGUGAUCUUCCCCUACAUCUAUUGAGAUGUCUCAGAUAUUCUAUCAGGUGCUACCUCAAGUGUCAUCACUGCUUUCUCAUGUGAUGUGAUCCAAGAGUAAUUGGUGUGUUUUUCACCAGAACAUGUUUAUUUAAAAACACACAGCUUUUCUACAAUGUUUGACAAUGUGUGGCCAAAAAAGCUUCAUAUACAGUCAGGUUACGUGAAUGCUUAUUGUUUAACCUCAGAAAAAAUAUAUUAAUGGAAACACCUAGAAAGAAACCAAAGAGAGGAUCCAAAGCUCCCCAGGGCUCUCCAAGUUUCUUGUCCUUCUUCUUGCUCUGAAAACAACCUCCUGGAUAUGCACGAACAGCACCCCGUCAAGUUACCGGGCGGUAACGGACCCAGCACUUCUUGAAGCACCACAGAACCGCAUGAACCUCCCUCUUUCGGGAAAGGGGGCCAUGCUGCUUCUCCAGACCCCCGGAGAUCACAGGCCCACGCUGCUCUGCAAAGGCCAGAGCGACCCCGCACAGCUGCCUCAGGUGCCUCCGUCUUACCGCACCCCAUCAGCGGGGGGCGGCGGGCUGCUUCCGGGGAGCGUCUGCACCCGCUGCGCCGCGGGCCGGGGCGGGGCGGGUCCCGGCUCCUGGGACAAGGCUGGCUGCCUCCACAGGACCAGGCCGCGGCAACGGCUGGUUGCCCCGGCAACGGCUCCCGGCGGGCAGCGGCGGCGGCGCCUUAAAACAAAAUGUUGUCGGCAUCGCUGUCAUCCUCAUCUUUACCUGUACAUAACUGUACUGCUCCUUUAUUGGACUGUGAUCAUGCUACUGAGGGAAAAAUGUAUGUGCCACCUGGAGAAGCAGGAAAACUCUGUUCACUGAUUCAACCAUAUAAGAAGGAUUAUCACAGAGCUACAAAAGCCAUCCAUGAUGGAAAAUAUUUUACCGAUCUAAGCAAAGAAUCUGACAGUUUAGAAUACCAAUUAAACAGUAAAAACAUUGACACUUUGAUGCAGAGGUUAAGUGAAAAUGAAACACAAAAUACUAAUCUCAGGAGAAAAAUACUUGAAAAGGAGAAACAUGUUAAAGAACUUUCAUCCACACUUCAACUUGAAAAGGUCAACGUACAGAAAGAAGACCACCUGUCAAGAUCAGUAAAGGCAGUACAAGCUCACCUGCAGUGUCAGAUUCAAAGAAAAGAAGUGGAAAAUGAUGAAUUAAAAGUGAAAAUACAGACUCUAGAAAAGAAAAUAGCAGAGUGGAAACUUCAAGUUGGUGAAUACAAGCACCAGAUGUUAGCCUUAAGGGAAACAAGUGAGCAAAAGAAGACUGCUCUGAAAAAAGCAAUCAAGUCCCAGAAGCAGAGAGCUGAACACUUUGAAGCAGCUGUGGAAAAUUUAACCUCCAGAAUAAGAGAACGUGAAGUCAAACUGUCUGAGAUACUGUCAGCUUCUGAUGUCUGGAAAAACAAGCAUGAUACAGUGGUUGAAGGAAAGACAACAUUAGAAAUUCAAACAGAAGAUCUUAGGAAGCAGAUCACAAGCCUUUUGGCAGAACUGAAAAGAAAGGAGGAAUGGAGAAGAAACUCAGAUGAGGAAAUUCUUGGAAAGCUAAAUUCUGUUAACUCUGAAAAUGAAAAGAUUUACCUUGAAAAUGAAAAAUUAAAGGCUUCCCUUGCUACAUUGGAAAACAGUACUGUUUCUGUUGAAAAUGAACUGCUACAUCUGCAAGAAAAGGCAAAGCUGCAGGAAAACCUUAUUGAACAGUAUAAAAAUCAGGUACAAAAAUUACAAACUGCAGUAGAAGAAUUGAAAUCCAGAUAUGAAACAGUCUUAAAUGAAAACAAAAGAAUAACAGAAAGCAAAUGCUUAGAAGUAGAUAAGGUCUCUUCAGCUAGAAACGAAUUGUCAUUUUCACAAGAGGAAGACAGUGUAAAUUCCAUGGGCAGUCAUUCCUCAGAAGAAGAAAACAGUAAGAUUCAGAAGAAAUACGAAGACCUUAAAUGGCAAUUAGAAAAGUUGGAAUUUCGAAAUGAAGAACUUGCUUGUCAGCUGAAAAAAGAAGAUGAGAGUCUUCAGUGCAGUAAAUUGCAGCUUGAAGAGAAAAUUGCAGAAUAUAAUGGAUUAACCAGACAACUGGAAUUUGCCUUGGAAGAAGGGAGAAAAAUGGUGGCUGAAGAACUAGAAAAAAUGUCACACAGAGAACAAGCUCUUCAGACAAAAAUGCUCAUUCUUGAAACUGAAGUGAGAGAGAAACAAGAAGAGAAAGAACAACUCCUCUGCAUAUUUCACCGUAAUGAAAAGCACCGUGAAGUAUGUUUGAAAGAGCUGGAGAACAGCCUGCAGAAGUCAGAGAACAAGACCCAGAGCAUCCAGAAUUAUGUGCAGUUUUUGAAAGCUUCAUACGUAACAAUGUUUGGUUGAAUUCUUUAAUUUAAUUUAUUUCAAUAAUAAACUUUUCAAGAUUUAGUGAAGUCUUGUUGUAGGCAAGGCUGUUGAGGCUUUAUAGUAUUUUGCAGGACUGAGUACUAUAAUGUUAAUUCUUCCCUAGGAAAACUUCUGUAGUAGGCAGGGAAAAGCAGGUCAAUCAUUACUGUAUAUCCUACUGGCUGGUCACAUAUGGAAAAUUUACCUGGUAUUACUGAUAUAAAGAGUUGUAUUAUUCAUGGAACAGAAGUGAAAAAAGAAGACUGUGUGGCAGUAGGGACAGUUGUAAAUUGGUCUGUGAAUUUACCAUGCGUUAAGGCUUGUGAUGUAAAAUAUUACAUGUGGCCUUUUAGUCCAUGGUAAACGCAGAUGAUCACAGGUUACCUUUCAGUUCCCGUGGGGGAGGAGAACACCCAUGGACUGUUUGCAUAGUGAUUUGCAUAUUUUGAUUAUUAAUAAUUAUAUAAUAUUUAGCAGACAUUAUGCUUCUGUUACUGUAGAAAUCUAGUUGCGCAAGAUAAUGAUAUCUAUCCUAUUAAGACAAGCAAGAAUUUCAUGAGCAUUAGGUUCCCCUCCUGCCUUCCUCCUGUAGCUUAGCACCAGCACAGCACGCACUGCUGCACCGCACAGAAUGGUGGCCACUGCGAGGCUGUCCCAUCCAGCCUUUUCUCCCUGCGUCCUGUUAUGAUCAGGAGUAUACUACAGUAAUAUUUUACAAAUAUAAGUAGGAAAGUAUUUUAAAUAUAAUUUAAGCUCUGAAUGUGUUGAUAGGCCCUUUCACGGUGACACAGCUCCAGUAAGGUAUUUAAGUGUUUAUCUGUGCUUGAGUACAGGAGCUGCUGUUCACUGAAGUGAGUAAGACUGACUUAUACCUCAGGUUAAACACAUGUAAAUGCUCAGCUGACACAGGGCUAAUAGAAAAAACAAUUCCAGCUGAGAAAGUAAUUGUUUUUAUAGAUAUAUGCUUAUAGAAUUGUGAUAUGUUUUUUGAAAAGUGGCACAUUCAGAUAAGUUAAAUAUAUGUAAUUUAUAAUUUAGUGUAUUUAAAUAAUAUAUAUAUUUUAACUGAAAAUAUAAGUUGGUUCACACACAGACAACACCUCUUUGUUAAAUGUAUUUCAUUGUUAUUUAUAAUGUGUAGAAUGUUGAUGUUCUUUUUUCUUUUUUUCCAAAUGCUUAUCCAUCCUAACAAAUAUUGAUACAUGAUAAUGAUCUGCUUGUGUGCACUUUUAAAAAAUAAUUAUGAUUUCUUAUAUAUGACAUGUUACUAGCACAUAUUUCUGUUUUAUUUUUUGAGGGUUUUGCAUCACACACAUACACUUACAACCAUAUUUGUAUUAAUUUAAUUCUGUUUGUGCUACUUAUAAAAUAUCAAAACCUUUUGAAAGAUCUGGGAUUAUUGAAAUUGCUGACAGCUUCAGGUACCUCUUUACUGCUGAAUGUCUACAAACAAUAAAUUUUGGAUAUGUAAAAGUAUAUGUGACUU